GCCAAAACCAAAAAAAAUUAAACCAACCCACUAACCCAAAAUCCAUUUCUCAUGUCACUAUUAACCCCUCCUCUAUUAUAUAUCUCUCUCAAAUUUUUCUCUCUCACCCAAAACAUUUCAUUUCUUGUUUUUUUAACCUCUUUUUGUGCGGCUUGUGUCACUAAAAAAAUUUGUGAUCUUUGAAAGUUCUAUUGCAAAUUUUAAUCUGGGUUCUUGUUUUUGAUCGUUGGAUUAGUUGGUAUUCAUGUUCUUGAGUGUUGGUUAAAGAAUUUGAGUUUAAAAGAUCAAGAACACAAAAUUAAUGGAGGGUAGUUCGAAGAAUAGUACUGAGACAAGUCCACAGUUACUGGACUUGAUUUCGAGAGAUAGAGAGUGGUUUGUCGACAGAAUUUACGAGAAAUCUUCUUCUUCAUCGUCAUGUUCAUCUUCUUCAGAAGAGAUUAAGAAGCUUGAACUAAGGCUCGCUCCACCUGGUACUCAAACUCAAGCAUGGUGUCUGAGCAAUAACAAUAAUAACAUGGACAUCAGUAGAGAAAUUAAGAGCCAUUGCCAUGAAGAAUCUCAUCAGCUUCUGUCUCUUGGUUCUUCUGUGUGGUUCAACCAAAAUGCUCAGAAUUUGCCUCUUGUUAUGAAGGAAUCCUCACAAACCUGUUGCACUAAAGUAGCUGUAGAGCUGCAGCACAGCCCUGCAAAUACAGCUGUGCCCAAUACUUCUCAGAAAAGAACUGCUCCUGGUCCGGUUGUGGGUUGGCCACCAAUUAGAUCGUUCAGGAAGAAUCUUGCAACCAGCAGCUCUUCAAAAUCAGCUGCUAUUGACCCUCAAAAUGAAAGUUUAAAAACUAAGGUUGAUAGUGAAAAACAUGCGGUUGAAGCAUGCAAAAAAGGCAUGUUUGUUAAGAUUAACAUGGAUGGUGUUCCUAUUGGAAGGAAAGUAGAUCUUAAAGCUUAUGACAGUUAUGAGAAACUGUCUGUUGCUGUUGAUGAACUCUUCCGAGACCUACUCGCAGCGCAAAGGGAUUCGUCUGCUGGCAGCAAGCAAGAGGACGAGAAAGCGAUUACGGGUGUCUUAGAUGGCAGCGGAGAAUAUACUCUUGUUUAUGAGGAUAAUGAAGGAGACAGGAUGCUUGUUGGGGAUGUCCCAUGGCACAUGUUCGUAUCAACGGUGAAGAGGCUUCGCGUAUUGAAGAGCUCCGAAAUUUCUGCAUUGAGCCUCGGAAGCGGUAAGCAAGUUCACAAGUUACCAAUAAAAUGAAAGAGAUAAUUUUUCUGAUCUUGAAGAACAAAAAGAAAAGGCUCUCUGGGAUUAAGUUGACAUUUUGUCUUCAUGUUUUGGAUGGAAAUUUGCUUGCUAAUCACAGUAUAUAUAUUGUCUAGCAUAUCUGUUUUUGGCACCUUUAACCUCUUUUAUUUAACUUUCUUAUCCUAUUGCAAUGUGGAGUUAUGCUAAUAACUUUGAUUUGAGCUUUAUUAUUGUAAAACUUUUGUUUAUUGUCAAGUAUCAAAUGCAAUGAAAUUUGGUUAAAGAGUAAA